UCCCUUCAUUUCCGGUAAUCCUCAGAGUAAGAGGAGCGAAUUUGCCGGCUAAACAAAGGGAUAAACAAGGACUUUACAGGAGUCAAAUCAUGAUAAAAAGUAUAUCACGGUGUACUUAGGAUCCUUCUGGGUUCAGACAUGGCUGGAAGUUUCUGGCAUAGCUCUCAUUACCAGCAGUGGUUGUUGGACAAACAAGAUCUAUUACGUGAGAGACAACAGGAUCUCAAAGUUCUAAGUGAAGAGGAAUACCAGAAGAUUCUUAUAUUUUUUGCGAACUUCAUUCAGUCUCUGGGGGAACAACUCAAACUGCGACAACAGGUCAUCGCCACGGCGACAGUAUACUUCAAACGGUUUUAUUCCAGAAAUUCUCUAAAAUGUAUAGAUCCAUGGCUAAUGGCACCUACCUGUAUAUUUCUGGCCUCAAAAGUUGAAGAGUUUGGUGUUAUCUCCAAUAGCAGACUUAUAACUACAUGUCAGACAGUGGUAAAGAACAAGUUUUCACAUGCCUACCCCCAGGAGUACCCAUACAGAAUCAACAGUGUGUUAGAAUGUGAAUUCUUCCUUCUGGAAAUGAUGGACUGCUGUUUGGUGUUAUAUCACCCCUACCGACCACUGACGGAAUACUUCUCAGACAUCGGUCACGAAGACACGCUGUACCCCUUGGCAUGGCGAAUUGUAAAUGACAGUUUAAGAACUGAUGUAUGUCUGAAUUACGCUCCGUACCUUGUUGCUCUGGCCUGUCUCCAUAUCGCCUGUGUGAUACAGAAAGUGGACCUUAAACAGUGGCUGGCCGAGUGUAAUGUUGAUAUGGAUAAGAUAUUAGAAAUUUCAAGACAGAUACUUGCGUUGUAUGAAUUAUGGAAAAAUUACGAUGAGAAAAAGGACAUUGCUGGAAUACUUGAGAAAAUGCCGAAGCCAAAGACAAGUCCUACAACGGGCCACGAUAGCUCCGUUGGUUAAACCACCAGUGACGUUACCUCAGAUGAAGAUAAGAGGACUCCAACAACAGCAGGACCUGACGGCUCCCAACAGUUACAGCAGAAUCAACAUCAGUAACAGCUUGGCUCUGAUUGGUCCUUUAUAGGCCAAUCAAAAAGCUGGUCUGAUUCUUUGUCUUCACAACCUGACUAUUACAUCUUUGUGUAGAAACAAGCUAUCUGAUGUGGUUGUGGUAGACAGCAAAAACAAUUUUCACUCCUUCGUCAAAAUGUCAGAAGGAUGUUAAAUUAUGACUUCAUAAUUGUAUCAGAUUUGUUCUGAUAUAAUUACAGCUACCAUUUAAAAUGAAUGAAAUUUUUCAUCAAUUUCACCAAGAAGUUUUUAAUUUGUCAAUUUAAUAACACUACUGAUAUUGACCAAAGAUGAUGUACAAACACUGGACCAUUGUAAAGAGUAGUGUUUAUUACUGAGAACACAAUUAUUUAUGUGGAAUCUGAGAUAAGUUCAACAUUUGUAGCAGAGUUAUUCCCCUUGAUAUAAUCUACCUAUGUACCACAUGUAUUGAAUGGGAAAGUGUUUAUAACAGAUGUCUACAUUCCGCAGACAAUGGUGCUCAAAGUCACUUUUAAUUCAUCAAUAUUCAUAACUAGGAAAGUGUUCUUGUGGGAAAAAUCCACAUCAAACGUGAAAAUAACGGACAGUAUAUAUUGAUAUUGGUAGGAGGGACGAGUAUGAAUUAAUGUUGAUAGAAUCAUUCCUUUGAAGCCAUAGACCGACAGUUGAACACACGGAGGCUGAUUGCAGGUACCUAUCGUAGUGAUUCACAUCUACACCCUCUCAUAUAUCCAUUUGUACUUGGGCAUUUCUGCUUGACUAUUGUAUAAUGUACGACAAUCCUCGUUGUUAGGACAUUUUUACUGUCAAUUAUCAUAUUUAUAUAAUUAUUGAAUAAAGCAUGUUUUGCUUCA